AUGUGUCGAUUUAAUUUUCUUCAAUUUAAUGCUAUAGAAAGUGUGUGGAUUCAUUUUUUCAUUACACCAGGUAUUUACUACUCUCAGGGAGUAUUUUUCGUUCCGGUGUUGGAGGCUUUCGGUGAAUCCCGAGCCCGGACAGCUUGGGCCUUUUCCAUCAACUCUGCCGUCCACCAACUCGCCGGUCCGCUGGGCGGUGUCAUCAUCCGCAAAAUAGGGCCCAGGAAGACCUUGUUCAUGUCAGGCAUAGUCGCUGCUCUUGGGUACCUUGGCUCAGCCUUCGGCCAGUCCCUGUACAUCCUGUACAUUAGCCUGGGCGUCGUAAAUGGUGUGGGGACCUGCCUGAACUACUACGCUUGGAUUGUUGGUCUUUCCUUGUACUUUGUCGAGAAACGGGGGCUCAUGAUGGGCCUCGCGAUGGCCGGGUCCGGCGUCGGGGUCCUGACCAUCGGCCCCGCCAUCGCUAAAGCCGUUCCUGAAAUUGGGUGGCGAGAAUCAAUGAUACUCUGCGCCGGGCUAUCACUUCUCUUCGGUAUUUUUGGAGCUCCAGUGUCGAGAAAAGUACCUAACAAAGGCAUGGAUGAGUCAGACAAGAAGUUUGUCGACGUGGUUACAGGCAAGUGCCGUGCUAUUUGGGAAGUCGUUCCAUCACUUUGCUCAUGUGGAGUGUACCAAGUAAAACCCCAAAACCUGGGGAAUAAUGCCUCGGAUACCAUAGUGGCCGGCGGAUUGGUUCAAGGAAAUGAGUCAACAAAAGACGACUACCUCCUCAGUUCCCACAGAACGCAGUGGCGAGUGCUGCUGUUCUCGAGCGUGCUCUACACGGUUGCAAGUAGCGCAUUCUUCACACUUCUCAAAGAUUGGAUCAACAAGAUUGGUCUUGAGGACAUCACACCCACAGCUUUAAUCCUCAUUGGAGUAGGCGACAUUGUCGGACGUCUGGUAGCAGGAGUUGCGACAUGGCAGCUGGCGAAGCAUCGCACGUCAGAUGUCAUCUUGAUCGGCGUGGCCCAGUUGCUCUUGUCCAGCGCCCUGGUGGGAGCCGCUUUCACCGAGUCUUCAGUGGGUGUCCUAGCCUCAGUUUUUGGUAUCGGCACGAGCAUGGGAUUUCAAAUGGUGCUCAUGGCGGUGUCUCCCAUGAAAAACAAUAAUAUUGAAGGAUUGGGUGUAAUUUUAUUGCUGGGAGGCCUAGGUGCUCUCGUAGGUCCUCCAAUGGCAGGGUAUCUGGUAGACGAGCUCGAUAAUUAUAAAUAUGCUCUUAUGGCCACUGCGGCGGCGCCCAUGUUAGGUGCUGUAAUUUGCCUACUUUGUUUCUCUAUAAUAAAAUGCAAAAUUCAGUCUUCCCAGCCUGGUGCAGUUUUGAGUCGCCGCGCUUCUCCGAGUAAGACUGAAGAUACGAAGUCUUCAAACGCAUCUUUCGUUGGACGCAGGGGCCAGGGAUCAUUAUUCAUUAGUCAUCCGCUGGGCUCCACUGUGGGCGCCGAUGUUCAAGAAUGUGACCCUCUUCUUGACCAAGAAUGUAACGCAGCCCACGCCAACACGAGAGCCUAUAGCGAGCCUAUCGCCGCGGCCGAGCCAGCCCCAGCGCCUACGAUGUCAGUGGUGCGGCCGCUUCAUACACGACGAAGCAAAGUGCGGCCGCCGGAGCCACCUCGCUUCCGCCGCCCUGUGCGUGACCACGGACAUUGAUACGGUCACGAAUAUUUUUAUCCCAGUGCCGCAGGUAGAACAAUCGGCAUAUCGGAGAUUUUAUUUCCUCGAAGAGGAUUUUAUAGAUUUAACUAGCAGGGGGGUAAGCAACCCUAACAUGCAUU